AUGGCUGUCACGGGGCGACGCGGUGAAGCGACUGUGCAAGGUGCUUGGGCCGCGAUUGUUCUGUUCCACGAGAAGGAGCACGAGUUGUACGAGACGGUGACGUCGUACAAGUUCCAGUUCUGCCUCUUCUUCCUCGCUGACAUCCUCGGCGACAUGAACGAUCUCAACCGUUCAUUCCAGAAGCGUCAGGUCGAUGUCACAGAGGUGGCAAAGACCGUCGAAUCGAUCACCGGCGACCUCGAGCACAGGUACCUCGACACCAACGCCUUGUUCGGUGGAAGCGGCAACGGGUGGCUGUCGAAGUUUCUCACGCUGUACGGGAAGAAGUCGGGGCAGAAGUCGUGGCACGGAUGCAGAGGGCCACCCUAUCAACCACUCAUACAUCCUGCACGAGAGGAUGAUCAAGGGCCACAUCUUCAAGAGCGGCUACAAGGACUGCCUGAUGAUCGGAAGCGCAAGGGGAAGGAACCGGAGGAGGGAGAAGAGGGACCCAGCGAGCCGGCUCUCGAGGAGGAGUUCGUGGAGUCCGACGACGAGGGUGACGAGCGGGAGAUGGAUCAAGAGAUUGAAGAAGAAGAAGACAACCCCUUCCUUUCCGAUGGCGAGGAGGAGGGGGAAGAGACCUACCACAUGGAUAAGCCGCUACACUAG